CGACCUGUUGAUUAGCGGAUUACAUUGUUAAAGACUCAGCACGGUAGAAAUGGAAGAUAAGUAAAAUCGCACUAAACUUUAUGAUUUGUAAGAUAUUUCAAAUGUCCAUGAAAGACAAAAUCUAGUCAGGCGAUACUUGCUGCAGUCUAUAUCGACAGGAUCGUGAGAAUGGUCUUGAUAUACGGUCUACUUGCCUUUUCUAGUUUCAUGCUAAUCAAAGCAGAAGUAAAAUGGCCUAGUGGCACAUACGGGCUACCAGAACCGGAGACUGGCUGCCCAAAUGACAAUUAUCUAACUUGGAAAAGUGGAUGGACUUACCAUGACACCGAGGAUGACAAUCCAGCAAAUCAGCGAUCAGCUAUAUCUCACAUGUCAGGCAACUUUACACAACAUGGUAUACAACAAAGAUUUUGUAUAAAAGAUAACGCUGCAGGGGGGAGCGAGUUCUGGCCGGAAGGAAAAUAUUGCAUCUAUAAGAAAGGUGUAUGUCCAAAUGGUCUAAAGGAAGGCUUUAUUCGUUGGGAUGAUGAACAGUCCCAGAUAGACUUAAACAACGCACAUCAUGGAGUUCUACCAGAUGGUAUAUAUGAGAAGACAAACACCACAAUAAAAUACUGUUGUAAUACAAAGGGAAAUCUAGACAAUCCCAUUACAUUACCGAACAGUCAACCAUUUUAUUUAUUGACGUAUGACUCCGUGCAAUGUCAGAAAGUGAGAGGUAUGCGUGUUACGUCUGAGUUUAUCAAGUUUGAUGACGAUGAUCAAGGAAAUACGGACGGCACGGGGGGAGCUUAUCCAUAUGGACCCAAUGAAGACCCAUUCAAUCUCAAGAUAUAUUAUUGUUACUAUGAGCCAGGUGAAGAAAGCACUGACGAUCUGGGCAUCGGAAAGCAAGCUAAGGAAGGGGCAUCGCGUAUAACAUCGCCUGUUAUAGCUGUAGCAGUUGGUUGUGGUGUUGCCACUGCAAUAGUUGGUACAGCAACAAUGGCUUUUAUUAUCAAGAAAGUUUUGGCUAACAAGCGAAAGGCAUCAUUUGAGGCUGCAUUGGAAACAACAAAUCUUCUUGGCGAAAAUGAAGACAACACCUAAAAUGCCGCGUUAUUAAGAUCUACAAAUUUUUAUUGAAAUGAUGACAAUUUAUGCAAAAUCUAGUCUUUACUACUAACAACAUAACAGUGAAAAAAUGAAAGAAUUAUACAAUAUGUCAGUA